AUGUCUUCAGGUAACGACGAUUUCAAUGUUAAAGUUCUUAUUGAAGGCUACAGCUUUGAGGAAAAUUCUCAAUAUAGGGCAACUGGUACAUCAACCUUAGUAACUGGUCCAGUUAACAUUGUUGUUGACACCGGUGGACCAUGGGAUAAGCAGAGAUUACUCAAGGCCUUAGAUGACAACAAUGUUAAGCCGGAAAAUAUAGACUUUGUAGUAUGCACUCACGGCCAUUCAGAUCAUGUUGGGAAUUUAAAUCUAUUUACUAAUGCCAAGCAUAUUGUUGGAUAUGACAUUAACUACAAAGAUAAUUAUUAUGAUCAUGAUUUUAAAGGAGGCAAACCAUACCCCUUAUACAAGGAACUGGUGACAGUUAUACCUACGCCAGGACACAUGCACAAUGAUGUAAGUGUUAUUGUUCAUGCUGCAAAUAGUUUUGGAACUGUGGCAAUAUGUGGCGACUUGUUUGAAAGUCAAGAUGAUGAGGAUUCUUGGAAAGAGUUUAGUGAGUGGCCUGAGGAACAGGUUAAAAAUAGAGAUAAGCUGAAGAAAAUGGCAACUUUUAUUAUUCCAGGCCAUGGGCCUAUGUUCAAGGUUGAACAUUAAAGUAUUAUUUAGAAACUAAACCAAAUCUUCCUGUAUUCUUGGCUAUUAUCACAAAAUUGUUUGUCAAACAAUUAUAAAUGCAGGCAGUAGCAGCGCCACAGAGGACUUGGGGACACGUUUUGGAUAAAAUUGGCAUUCCCUGUUGGUAAAAGGGCAUUUUCUGGUGGUUAAAGGGGCAUGGCUUAUGCUUUUGUUAUUCAGUGAAUAGAUUUGUAAUGUAAAAUAUAUACUUUUUAUCCUUUCUCUCACCAAACUUUAGAAACCUUCUCAUGGCUCAUCCAUUUUGAAAAUGAUGGCUAGGUCCAAGAGUCAUUACUAAUAAAUUUAUGAGCAUAUAAUGACUCAGUUUAGGCCAUUUAGUUCUUCUUACUAAUUUUCAUUUAUUUUUGUUUGUUUUAUACACUACAUCAUUGUUAGUUUUAAAUACCUUAUCAAUUUAGUUUACUCAAGCGCUUAUGACUGUUAUAUUUCUAAUCAACCCAAUUUAUCACACCAUUGUCA